AUCAUUUAGCUCAGACUCUGAUUGGAGCAUGAGAAACAAUUGUACUUAAAAAGGGAGUGGCAGAAAUUGGUGUUCGACAAUCUUCAGACAGAUCAUAUCAUACCGUGAAUACUACUAGGAAUUGCCUUUGACUUUGGUAGGAUAUAUCAAUAUCCGUUGUGAUCCGAGUACCUCUACACUACAACUGUAAUCUAUCAAAAGAAAAUGGAAAUCUCGUAUGGAUUAAAACCCAAUUGGACAAGGCUUGUCUUAUCGUGCUGUCUAGUAAUGUUGUCUGCACUUCUCUUAGCCGAGCUGAGUUCAUCUUACGUUCAUCAUCGACCAAUGACAGCCCCGGGUCUGGAUGAGAUCACUAGAACAAUUGAACACACAACAAGAUGGGAGGAGAUGAGAGAAAAGAUCUAUCUCACAGGGAUUGGAAAAAGACAACAGAAAAUGAGCCGCAGAUCUCCUGAAUAUCUUCAUCAGCAAUUCAACCGACUGAACAAACGAAGCAAACGCUUCGCCAUGGUCGCCAGGAUUGCGGAAAAUGUGACCAGGAUCUACGGGAAAAGGCAAAUUAAUUUGGUAUCGCCCAACGCUCUUCCAGACCUUUGUCGUAUGGCUGGCUUCAACUUUUCUUUCAAAGACUGUCCGGAAUCAACAAAGUUUCGUCGAUAUGAUGGGGCUUGUAACAAUCUCGUCCAUGUCAAUGUUGGCAAAGCUUUUGCUCCUUAUCAAAGAUUCAUCCCUCCCGACUUCGCUGAUGGUAUUCAGUCUAUUCGACAGAGCGUGAGUGGAGGUCCGUUGCCUUCAGCGAGGACAGUAUCGGCCAACAUCCUUCACUUUGAACACGUCUUUGAGCCAGGUUAUACGGUUAUUAUCUCCCACUUCGGACAAUUCUUGGACCAUGACUUAUCAAGUUCAGGAGCGGAUUCAAGGGAAUGCGAUGACAACGAAUGUCGAGAGUCUUCAUUUUGUAUGCCGAUCAUGAUACCCCAACCAGACCAAGUAUUUGAGAAACCUUGCAUGUCGUUCGUUCGGUCCCUGCCUAGUCCUGCGAUUGACUGUCAACCAGGGCCUCGACAGCAGCUCAACCAAGUCACUUCCUUUUUAGAUGGCUCUCAGAUCUAUGGGACGUCCCAGGCUGAAGCAGACUUCCUCAGGGACAAAACAAGAGGGCGUGGUCAGUUACGUUCUCUACGUGAUCCGGUAUCGCCUACCAAUCGCCCCUUGCUCCCCUUAGACGAAGAGCAUAAAGACUGUAUAUUUGAGCGUGUAGAUAGGCAAUGUGGUCUAGCAGGCGAUCAUCGAGCAGCAGAGCAACCCGGUCUCACAGCACUCCAUACACUCUUUCUUCGUAUGCAUAACUCCCUUGCAUCAAGCCUGGCCAUUGUGAAUCCUUUUUGGGACGAUGACAGACUUUUUGAAGAGGCACGCCGCAUCGUGGUUGCAUCAUGGCAGCAUAUUGUCUACACUGAAUACCUUCCUACAUUGCUUGGUCGAACAUCUCUGAUUAGUGAUGGACUCCGUGGUCAUCCCAGCGCUAAAUUCACCGGUUACGAUGUCGACGUUGACCCUACAAUCUCCAAUGUCUUCGCUUCCUCUGCGUUCCGCUUUGGUCAUAGCCAAGUGCCUAAUAACUUCUCCAGACUGAAUGAAGACUAUCAACCGGUUUUCCCAAUACUGCUAACAGUAGAAUCGUUCUUCAAUGCCUCGCACGUGUUCGAUGUAGCUAACGGUGGAUUAGAUUCAAUAAUACGGGGCAUGUUGGUACAGCCAGUAGCCAAGGUAGAUGGUUAUAUCGUCCGUGGAUUAACUGCGCAUCUCUUCGCAGAUAAACCAGGAGGAUUGGGUUUAGACCUCGGAGCUUUGAAUGUCCAACGAGGCAGAGAUCACGGUCUUCCAAGCUACAAUACGUGGAGACAAUGGUGUGGUCUUAGGAGAGCCAGAGACUUCAAUGACCUAGCUAAUGAGUUCGAGUCUGGGGCAAUAGUCAAGUUCCAAAGAACAUAUCGACAUGUAGAUGACAUCGAUGUGUACGUCGGCAGCAUCUCUGAGAGUCCUAUGCGAGGAGCGUUAGUUGGACCUACCCUGGCAUGUAUCAUAGGUAGACAAUUUCAAAGACUCAAAUUCGGCGAUCGCUUUUGGUAUGAGAUUGCACAGGGAGAGCAAGCAUUUACCUCAGAUCAGUUGCAGGAGAUACGUAAAGUGACCAUGGCUCGAGUGAUCUGUGACCAUACGAAUGGAAUGAAGACUAUUCAGUCUCUUGUGUUCAGAGAUCCUACUCGGUCUCCAGGUGAACCAGGAGCUGAACGGUCGUUCUUCCGUUACAAUAGCCGUCAUCAGUUUCCGGAUAGUGAUGGCAAAUUGCCUGGUUUCGCUAAUGUACGUGUACCAUGUAGUGAUGGGAAUAUCAUACCAAGACUAAGUCUGGAACCCUGGAGGAUCAAUGCGACACCUAACCCGAGAUCAACUAGUGCUGGAAAGCGCAGUGAAUCUGAGUUUGGAGGGGUACUCAUGACGGCCAAGAAACAACCCCCGUGGUGGUAUCUGUUACCUGAAUUUGAAACUCUUCCACCUCAAAAGAAAAAAGCUCUCAACCUUCAACAAAAAAUACAACGCAGAGACCGAAGACGUCCAAAAGAUAACAACUAAAACAUUCAAGAAUUUCUUAACCUGACAUGAUUGUUAUGGUUGGUACUUAACACAUCUGUUAAACAAUUCUCUGUUGAUGUCCCUGAUAUUUACCAAAGAUACUUUAAAUCACCCAACCCCCCCCCCCUACCAAAAAAAUAUCGUUCCCAUUUUGUUUACAGAGACUUAGUAAUAUUCUCAUGUCUUACGGACACAGCAUAAUUAUGUGAAUUUCUUUUUUUGGCAUGAAAGUUUGGUCCUGCAGAUCGAGCACAUGGCUAAGAAUUUACUAAUAACUAUUUAAGCAACCUCAUUCAGUACAUCACAGAAGUUAGUAUAUAUACUCUCUAUAAAACUGAAUAGAUAAGGUCCAAUCAUCAAAGAUUUUAAGAAGAUUGUUGUAUAUUUAAUUUGAUGCUUUGAUCAGGUUUUUCGUGGAGUAAUUAACCAAGCCUAAUGGCUGCAUUAUGGACUAUAUAUAAGCCUACAACGUGCAGUUAAACAAGGAGCAUUCCGUACAAAAUUCUAUCCUUAAAAAUCACUAAUUUGCUGUGUUUUCGUUUUCAAUUAUCCGUUUUUAGAUUUAAUUUAUGAUAACCGAAGCUAAAGCGUGGUUCAAUAUUUUUGUCAUGUCUAUAUAAUUCUUUUUCUUUAUUUUCCUUAAUUUUGUACUUAUUGCUACUUUUUCUAAAGUUUACAGUCUAUGAGAAAUUUGUUAGCAAAUGAACUCUUACGAUUUUUAAUUGGUUGUGAAAUUUUCAAUUCUCCGUUUUUAUUUUAUUUAUUUAAUUGUUUACAUAGUUCAGUGUUUCAAGAAGUAAACAUGGAACAGAAUAUGGCUUUUGUUGUUAUUCAUAAAAUGAAGGGAACAAAAACCUCAUCCUCAAA